AUGGUGCGACCCGGUGCGCCUGGCGGCGGCGACGGCGACGAGGUGGACCGGAAGCCGGUGAUCAAGCCGGGCGUGCACCUGACGCUCAAGGUGCAGGACACCGCGGGGCGCACGCUGGAGCGCACCGUGCGGCGGACCGAGAAGCUGCAGGGGCUCAUGGACGCCUACUACGCCAGCGUGCCGGACGUCACCCACGGCACCGGCAGGUUCCUGUACGACGGCGGGCGGCUGGCCGGCUGGCAGACCCCCGCGGAGCUCGAGAUGGAGGACGGCGACGAGAUCGACUUCUUCACCGAGCUGUUGGGCGGCGGCGGACGGGCUUCUGCUGCCGCUGCCGCUGAGCAGCAGCCGGUGCUGGCCAAGGCAAAGGAUCGAUCGACGAUCAUGCCGGCGGCGUUGGUGACCCCCGUGGUGAAGGACGAAGAGGGGCGCAGGAUCAGCCGCACCAUGCGCGACACCGACGCGCUGCAGGACCUCAUGGACUUCUACUACGCCACGGUGCCCGUUGUGCCGCGCGGCCGAGGGGGUCUUCUGCUACCGGGCCGAGCGGCUCGACGGCCGCCGGACGCCGCACUGCUACGGCAUGUUCAGGCCGGGGCCCGGGUCGACUUCUUCCUCGAGAUGAGGCCGAGCGCGUUCGUGACGGUCACCGUGCGGGACGACCAGGGGCCCGAGGUCACGCGCACCAUGCGGCGGGCGGACCCGAUGCGGGACCUGAUCGACUUCUACUACGCCAUGACGACGCAUGUCCACGGGACCUUCGAGGAGUCGGCUUCGCCGGCGCGGGUCAUCGUGCGCAGGAUCGUCGCCGCCGCAGCCGCCAUCAAGCCCGUGAUGCUGGUGACCCUUAAGGUGGAGGACACCCACCGCCGCGUCGUCAAGCGCACCAUGCGGAGGACCGACAAGCUGCAGGGCCUCAUGGACUACUACUACGACGUGGUGUUGUGCACGGCCGACGGCGGCGCGCGCGGCACGGGGCGCUUCAUCUUCGACGGCAAGCGGAUGAAAGGGGAGCACACGCCGGAGGACCUAAACAUGGUCAGCGGGGACAAGAUCGACUUCUUCCAGGACCUGCUGUCCGGCUGA